AUGACAUUCUACAAGGGCUUCGUGCUCUGGUGGGAUGGCGCACGCAAGCGCAACUUCUGUCCUCGGACGCGAGAUCGGAUCCUGUGGGUCAUCAAGGCGUCGGCAGAGGCUGCUGUCGAGACGUGCACUGGGGUUCGACGCAUUGAGCACGCAGGCAAAUGUACGCGGCAACAGAAGGAUGAAACAAGCAACCUUGCGCCUGUUGGAUUGAGAGAUAUCGUCAGGGCUGUUAUCAUGACCUGUUUGAAAAUUCCGGGUGCCACGAUAAUCCUUGUUGUUGUAUGUCCUGACGUUGAUGAGAAGAACUUGUGUGUGGUCUGUGGGGUCCGCCAACCGCCAAUUGAGUAA